AUGGCAUCUCUGGCUCGACGCGAGGACGAAGAGAUCAUGGCCGAAUCUCACAGAAUCAUCGCUGAACGAAACGCCGCCAAAGAGGCUGCUUUCAAGGAAACUAUCGUUGCGCCAAACAAUAAUGGAAACGAUGCCGAUCUGUUAAAGAAGGAAGUCAUUCUUCCUCUCGAUGGGGAAACCGGAGGCAACUCAUCAAAGCGCCUUCAGUCUCCCCAGAUAACACAGGAAAUCUCUGAUGACUCUUUUUCCUCCGACUGCUCCUCUUCCGAAGAUGACGACUACGACGACUUCUCCGGCGAAAAUAACUCCUCUAGUGGAAUUGAUUAUUCUGACGACAACAGUGACGCUCUCGAUGAUUUAUUUCCAAGAGAUCCAAGUGCCAAUCUCAUAACGAAACAAGUUCAGAAGUUGCUGAAAGAGGCAUAUAGAAGAGAAUCUAGGCUUUGGACCCAAGAAAUGACGAAGCAGUUUAAAAAGGUUGCGCCAACUCUGAAGUAUGAAAUCUUUCCAACAACAGGCAGGAUUUCGAAUCAUUACAUCUGCAAACAUGCAAAAUGGAAUGCCCAUAUCUGGGUGCAUUUUUGGUUUCUGCGAGUAAUGUUUGGUCCGAUUGCUUGCUCGCGACAACCAUGGUUUGCGAAGCUUGCUGCGGAACACCCAUGGGUACUGGAUGAAGCAGACGAAGGCGUUGUCCCUGAAGAUACAGCGUCCAUUCUUUCAUCAAAAACUACAACAUGGACACCCAAGAUCCAAGAUCCUUAA